UGCUGAUAGUGGGGAUGCAGUGUAUAUAUCUCUAAUCUGAAGGUGUAAACAAUGUGUAUUUCCUUUUCUAAAAACUAAAGUUUUUAAGUGCUUAUUUAAGUUAAUUUACAAAAGUGUUGCAGGAAUUAAAUAAAACAUGUCUAACAACGUGAGGCUAAAAGAAGCAUUCGAUGUGGAAUCAAAACAUGGCGCGUUUUACACCGGAGGCAACCUCCAAUGGAUUGAGGAUACACUCUAUUGCCAAACAGAAUCUUGUAUAAAUCUUGUAAACUAUGAGACAGGCACAGUAACACAAACUAUAGGGGAAAACUCUGAAAAUGAAGAAAUCGAUUCCAUACAAACUUUUACCACCGAUGGUAACCAGUUUGUCUCAUCCCACCGGAGUGGACUUUUAAAACUGUGGAACUCUAAUGGGGAGCUGGAAAAAAUGUGGAAAUACAUCCACAAGGGCCCAGUGGCUAAACUAAAGUUAAAUGGACUAAAAUUAGCUUCGGGGGGCUCUGAUAGUUCAGUGAGAAUAUGGGAUUUGCAGUUUCAAGCUUGUAUUUUAAAUUUAAAAGGUUGCCAAGGUGUGGUUAAUGUGGUAGAAUUCCAUCCUCAAGAAAAUGGUAUUUUUGCCUCAGCCGAUGAUGGAAAAAUCAAUUAUUACGAAUUAAAAAAAGGUGAACUAAAAACCAUCUAUGAUGCCCAUUUCAGUAAAGUAACUGCUAUUUCCUUCUCACAUGACAAUGAACACUUUAUUUCUUGUGGAAGGGACAAAGUGUUGGUUUUGUGGAAAUUAGGCAAUGCCGCGGCACUAAAAACUAUAGCGGUUUAUGAAGCUGUUGAAGUUAUUGUGAGUUUACCUGUCAAAUUUAAAUUACCCAAUUUUAAGUCGGAAAUUGACGGAAUUUAUGUCGCAUCUGCAGGAGAACAUGGUAUAAUUCGCGUAUGGGACCUAAAAAAAUCCAAGGAAAUCUUCGUCCAAACAAACUCCAUUGUCUCCAAAGCAUCAGAAGAAGGUGGUUUGGCAGUAACCCAUCUGAUUCACAACAAAAAGUUGCAAAGUAUAGCAGUCGUCACUGUAGAGCACAACAUUGUCGUUUACCAUAUGAAAUCUUUUGUAUGCCUUAAGCAGCUGAUAGGAUUCUCAGAUGAAAUUUUGGAUAUAGCCAUUUUGGGCCAGGAACAUAGCCAUAUAGCUGUGGCUACAAAUUCUAAAGACAUAAAACUUUAUAACGAUAGUUCGAUGAACUGCCAACUCUUGAAAGGACACGAGGAUUUGGUACUUUCGUUGAAUGUCAGUCCGGUAGACAAGGAUUUAAUGGUGUCAUCCGGGAAGGAUAAUAGUGUAAGACUAUGGAGAUUUGAUGGGACAACUGUAAGCUGUAUUGGAUCGAGCAAAAGGCACACCGGUUCAGUAGUCUCAGUCUCAUUCUUCUCCACCUCUAGUACCUUCUUUGUGUCCGCUAGUCAAGACACUUGCCUGAAACUGUGGGAAAUUCCCCAAAAAGAAUCGAAAAAAGUCCCGAAACUAGAACAAAAUGAAAAUACCGCCCAAUUGAAUUGUAAACAGACCGUGAUCGCGCAUCAGAAAGACAUAAAUUGCGUCACGGUUAGUCCGAACGAUAAGAUUGUAGCCAGCGCUUCACAAGAUAAAACGGUGAAGUUGUGGAGUAGCGACGGUUUGGAGUUGACUGGGGUGUUGAAGGGGCAUAAGAGAGGUGUAUGGAGUGUUAGAUUUUCUCCUGUAGAUCAAGUAGUGGUGACCUCAUCAGCUGACUGCACUAUUAAGUUAUGGUCUGUAGCUAACCAUAGCUGCUUAAAGACCCUAGAGGGGCACGAAUCCAGCGUGCUUAAAGCUGAGUUUUUGUCCAACGGUUUGCAAAUUUUAAGUGCCGGCGCAGACGGUCUCAUCAAAGUCUUUAAUAUUAAAAAUUCCGAAUGUCAGUGCACCAUGGACCAGCACGAAGGCAGAAUAUGGGCUUUGGCCCUAAAAAGCGAUCAGUCAGGUUUUAUUACGGGCGGAAGUGAUUCCUUCCUGAUUAAAUGGAAAGACGUCACUGAAGAGCGGAAGUUGGAACGUCAAACGCAACAAGCAGAACUAGCCCGAGAAGAACAAAAAUUAAGCAACUAUAUACAGAGUGAUCAGCUGUUAAAGGCCCUUAAGUUAGCCUUGAAACUAGAAAGGCCUUUGCAAACUUUAAAGAUAAUCCAGGGCGUUAUCAAAAAAGGAGAAACCGGUUUAUCCGAUACGAUAAAGUCUUUAAGGAACGACCAUAAAGAAAGCUUAUUAAAUUGCGCCUUACAUUGGAACACCAAUAGUAGAAACUGUCAUCCCGCCCAAUUGGUUUUGAAUAUUUUAUUAAACGAACUUCAAACUGGGGAAUUCAGACCCACGGGAUUGAGCAAAAUAACCGAGAGUGCGUUGCCGUACACCGAAAGGCAUUUUAAGAGGCUGACCCAGAUGAUGCAAGACAUUCAUUUGUUGACUUACACUGUUAAUUGUAUGCAACCACACGCUAGAAGUGUAGACAUUAAUGUUGGACAAUAAAAAAUGAUUAUUAUUUUUAAAUUUA